CUCCAUUAUUUUCCUUCUUGGCAGUAAAAAAUGACAGAUUUGUGCGGUCACUGGAAAUUGGAGAAGAAUGAGAACAUGGACGAAUACAUGCAAGCAGUUGGUGUGGGGUUUGCACUUCGCAAAAUAGUAUCGAAGCUCAGCAGUUAUACGAAUAUACAGGUAGACGAGAGUGGUACAUGGACCCUUGAUAUCACGUCGACGUUUAAAAAUAUACAUCUUCAAUUUAAACUUGGCGAGGAAUUUGAUGAAACAACAGGAGAUGGCCGUCACAUGAAAGUGAGUAUAUAUCUGUCCCGACCCUAG